AUGGCAGCCAAAAUAAAUCCAGGCAUCGUCUACAUGACGGCCAGCCUGGUCCUCUUUGCCGUUGCCGUAGUCCUCCAUUUCCACAGCCUGCACCUGUCGCUGCCCAUCCCUGCCGCCGUCACCAUCUUGACCGUCAUCAUCCCCAUCGCCGCCUUUCUCAACGCCUUUGUCUACCCGAACCUGCUACGCGACUCCUCCACCUCCUCCUCCUCCUCCUCCUCCUCCUCCCCCUCCUGGCAGCGCCUGCUCCCCGGCGCGCUCCAAGGCCUCCAGGCCAUCCUUGCCGCCGUCCUCGCCACGCUCCUCGCCCAAGGCUUCGCGUCCUCCCCCGCCACCCGCGCCUGCGCCCUCGACGCCGCCUGGGACGCCCUCUACCGCGCCCGCGACGCCGACGCCGUCCGCCUCGUCCAGGACACCCUCGGCUGCUGCGGCUACUCCGACGUCGACGACCGCGCCUUCCCCUUUGCGAGCCUCAUCCAGCAGACGUGCGCCCAGAUUUACGGCCGCGACCGCGCCUGCGCGGCGCCCUGGCGCGCUGCCAUGGAGACGCACGCCGGCAUCGCGUUUGGCGUCGUCAUGGCCGUGGCCCUGAUGCAGGUGCUCGGCCUCGUCCUCAUGCGGCCCGGCACGAGCUGGUGGACCGCCCUCCGCACCCCCGAAGACGAAGAGGCCGACGACGGUUACGACGAGCGCAGCAGACUGCUGGGUGGCGAGCGAGGGUCUCAGCAAGCUACGACUUCUUCCCCAGUCGCCGGACCGUCAACCUAUGCUGAGGCGGCCCGAUAA